AAUCACACACACACUCUCUCUGCUGCGCACCGGCACAAUCCUCCAGCCUCCGGCAAAAUUUUACAGAAACGCCAUCGCUCCGGCACGGCCGCCGAUGUUGCCGCGGCCCCACCGCGCCAUGACCACUGCACUUGUUUAAUCACCCCCCCCCCCCCCCCCCCCCCCCCCCCAAACCUGCCCUUUUCCGUGCCGUUCUGGCACUGAGCACAUGGCCACACCCACGCUGCCGCUGGCCUGCUCAGCACACUAGCUCACACACACUCCCCGGCCUCGCCCAGGCCGCCGUCCUCUCCAUCCUCGGAAGCUCCAGCCGCCGCUACCAUUACCAGUGAGUUGAGGUGCUCUGGUGCUGGGCUGACUGUACCCGCCGCUACCAUUACCACGCGCUGCACCGUAGCAGAGCGGUUCCAACCCCGUCGAGGCAAAAAGCCCUGGCCGUUCCCUGGCCCCGUGCCGCCGCCGCCGCCUCCGUGCGCCCAGGCUUCUUUCUGUGACUUCGCUAAAAUGGGUCAUGUCCUCAUCAUCAGGACCACACUUUCAAGUCAAAAUUGAAGAUACCAUCUUCCACUAUUCCACUUUCAUGUCAAAACUCAAGAUGACGGACAUGAGGCGUCACUCUGUGGAUGUCCCGCUGUCAAGAACCUUGGUGCAGCUCAAGCGAUUGAGAUCGCUGCGGGAUCCAGCGACAAACUCAAUGGGCAAGUUCGCAUCUCCUGCCGACCACAUGGUGUGGGAGACUGCUUCUAGCAAUGGGGUGGCUCUGGAGCUCGGCAGGUCGGCACAUAAUCACCAGGUUGAAGAAGACGAGGACGUGGGAGCCGAGCCUACAAUGGGGUCGGAGCGGAGUUUUCGGGGACCAAACGCAAGGACUGCGUCCUACAGGAGAUCUUCUGCUGUCAGGAUCAGAGGCUUGAACCCACCAAGAAACAAGCAGGUUCAUCGUGUCCGCCGAGACGGUCACCGCAAGUCAGUGGACUCUAGCCACUCGAAUCAUAGUUCUAUCCGUCAAUUGGCGAACAAUUUGGUCAACAAUGUGGAUGCAGAGGAGGAAGUGAAUUCUUAUGAAAGGCCAAAAUUUGCAAUGCCAGGUAAAUCUGACGAAGACGAAGUGAAAAUGCCAGGCCACUCCAAAUUCAGGAGCAAGCCUUCGGCUGCAAUGAGCCGUGUCGGGAGCCCCUGCAUGUCAGCUAGCGAGGCAAGAUCAGGGCAUGGAACCGAGGAUACACGACUGAGGUCAAACGAUGUCGUGGGGUCAAAUUUUAGUGGCUGUGGUAUAAGCUACUGCUGGUCAGGAGCGUCAAAGUGCCGAGAGCUUUAUUCUGACAGUGAUGGUCCAGAUCAGCCUCUCUUAUCUACAGAUGGGACUGAGGCAGCGUUCCAAGGCAACGUACCAUACACUGAGACGCCCAGGUGUCUAAGCCAGAAAUUUCGCCCUCGUUCCUUCAGCGAAUUGGUUGGACUAAACGUUGUUGCCCAGUCCCUCUUAUAUUCCUGCUGCAAAGGAAAAGUUGCCCCAAUGUACCUGUUUCAUGGCCCCCGGGGCACAGGCAAGACAUCCACGGCAAGGAUUUUCGCCGCGGCUCUAAAUUGCGUGUCCCUUGAAGAGCAAAGGCCAUGUGGGUUCUGCAAAGAGUGUGUCAUCCUUUUCUCUGGGAAGGGUAGAGAUGUGAAAGAGCUUGACGUGGCGAAAAUGGGUCGUUUAGGUCGAGUGAAGGCGCUUCUCAAGAGCGCAUCCCUCGUACCCUACUCUUCGCGCUUCAAGGUUUUCAUAAUAGAUGAAUGCCAUCUCUUGCAAGAAGACGCAUGGUCAGCAAUACUGAAGAGCCUUGACGAGCCAUACCGGCAUACGGUAUACAUUAUGAUCACUUCUGACAUAGAAAGCCUGCCUCGCGCUUCCAUCACACGUUGCCAGAAGUUCCAUUUUCCGAAGAUAAAGGUGGCAGAUAUUGUAUACAGGCUGGAGAAGAUCUGUAUAGGAGAAGGAUUGGAAUUCGACCAUGAUGGGUUGUACUUCAUUGCUGCAAAGUCUAGUGGUUCUCUUAGAGAUUCUGAAGUAAUGCUUGACCAGCUCAGUUUGCUUGGGAAGAAGAUCACAAUUUCUCUUGUGCAUGAACUUGUAGGAUCAGUGUCUGAUGACGAGUUGAUUGAGUUGCUUGAUCUAGCAUUGUCAUCUGACACAACCAAUACUGUAAGACGAGCCCGAGAACUUAUGGGGUCAGCAAUUGAUCCUCUGCAGCUUGUUUCUCAGCUGGCCAACCUUAUUAUGGACAUUCUCUCAGGACGAUGUCAAUCUGCUGUCAGUGAAGUCAGCAAAAGUUUCUUGGGUAGAUAUGCAUUAUCAGAGGUUGGAAUAAAGAAAUUAAGACAUGCACUGAAGAUACUAUCAGAAACUGAAAAACAAUUGAGGACAUCAAGGAAUCAGGCUACUUGGGUUACAGUUGCGCUUUUGCAGUUUGGCACCAAUGAACCUAACCUUAUUGCUGAACCGAAUGAUAUGCAUUCACAUUCAGUAACUGGAUAUACAGGUACAUGUACGAAUUAUGACUGGGUUUCCAAGGUGCACUCAAACACCAAUUUUUGUCAGGCAUGUAACAGCAGCAAGUCCAACUGUUCUGAGAGACACUGUAGACGGCUUAAGCUUGAGAACAUAUGGAGGAGAGCCAUUGGAAAGUGUCGAUCAAGAUCAGCCAAAAGUUUCCUCAGGAAAGAAGGCUUCUUAUCAUCGGUUCAUGUUACCGAAGAGCUGGCUAUAGCAGAAGUUGGCUUCGGACACCCAGAUCACCUAUCAAGAGCAGAGAAAAUGCAAAGCCUAAUAGAGUGCUCUUUACAGCACGUUCUUGGGUGCAAUGUGGAGAUCAGAUUCAAACUUGUACCUUGUCCAGUGAGAAAAGAUGCUAGGUUGAAGAGACACUCGUUCAGUUUUCUCAGUUGCUCUGGCCGGAAGCAAGAGCUGUCAGAUUCAGUAGUGACUGAUGAAGACGAAGCUGUGAGGCCUGGGGCAAGGGAGACACCGCUUAAAGGCUACACCUCUAGCCAGCAGGAGUCACCAUAUACCAUGCAACGUGUCGAUUCGAAACCAACAGCCUAUGGUUGCGAGGAUGAUGGUCGGAGCACCUUGACGUCGAACAGAUCCAUGACAGAUGACAUGACAAGGACGUGCAGGUCCGAGACUAACUACUCAAAGGGGGGUGUGAGUGAUCAGGGCCGCUUUGGUAGCAUCCAGGAGCCUGACCUACAGCCAAGCUGCUUCUCGCGAACACUGAGGCUUCAGAAGAAGCUGUUGUCUUCUGGCGCAGCGCACACCAUCUGUCUGAGGAUCCAGCCGCAUAACAAGAUGGAAUUCCUACCUAAGAAGGAAUUUGAUACGUACUUCUGCGCGUAUGAGCCUUACGAGCAGUGUCCAAGAUCAGUUUCAAGGGCUACUUACAGUUCAAGAGAUGAUGACUUGUGGAGCAAGAAUUCACGGUUCGGUUCAAAUCUACUCUGCUGGAAAGCCCCAAAACAACCCAUGUAACGGAGGUACAUUACUCUGUAUUUUCACAUCACUUGGUCCGUCGGAAUAGCCAUGUGAAUUCAGCGUCUUGGCUCGCUCGGUUGCUGUUUGCUAGUGUUCAUAUUACAUGUUGACCCCAGUUCUGCCAGAGCCCAGAGCACUUUCACACCAGCAAGCUGCUUUCUUACAAGCGUAACUGCGACAACCAGCACCAGCAUUGCUGCCGGGGAAAAGUGAACCAUGGUAGCAGAACAUUGGCAUGCUGAAAAACAGUGUCAAAUCAUUCAGUUUUUGCUAGGACAUUUACCAAUUUCUCCCGAAGCUGGAGGCAUGGGCACCACCUGUGGGGACAAUUUUCAAAGGAAAUCCCAGGAGGGGUCUUUGUUUUUAUUGUUCUUGGCAGGCAGCUGAGGAACUAUUCAUCAGUGAUGUUUCUUGGAUGUGCUGGUCCUUCAAAAUGCUAAUGGGCAGUUGUACAUGUUACGUUAUAUGCUACUGAACUCAGAGGCUAUAAUACACUUUUUUUAUGUCAACACAUAGAAAUUAAGAUCUGCUUGGUUC